AUGAAAUUCAAGAGUUAUCAGCUCAGCUUGAAGAUAAGCAGACACUUGGUGCUGACAUCAGCUGGACACACAAAUCUGCGGCUUGACACUUCCACUGAGUCGGAACCUAUUGCUUCAACCUGUCGCGAGAUGUUCAGCAAGCUAGAAAAUCCAGCACAGCUACCAAUCAGAAACAGCCCAACCAACUAUCAGCCAAUCAGGAAUCAGCCAACCAACUAUCAGCCAAUCAGAAAUCGCCCAAUCAAAUCUAUCAGCCAAUCAGAACAGCCCAACCAACUAUCAGCAAUCAGAAACCCCCCAAUCAACCAUCAGCCAAUCAGAAAUCGCCCAACCAACUAUCAGCCAAUCAGAAACCGCCAACCAUCAGCCAAUCAGAAACCGCCCAACCAACUACAGCCAAUCAGGAAUCGCCAACCAACUAUCAGCCAAUCAGGAAUCGCCCACCAACUAUCAGCCAAUCAGAAGUCGCCCAACCAACUAUCAGCCAAUCAGAAACAGCCCAACCAACUAUCAGCCAAUCAGAAAUCGCCCAACCAACUAUCGGCCAAUCAGAAAUCGCCCAAUAACCUAUCGGCCAAUCAGAAAUCGCCCAACCAACUAUCAGCCAAUCAGAAAUCGCCCAAUCAAACUAUCAGCCAAUCAGAAAUCGCCCAAUUAAACUAUCAGCCAAUCAGAAUCGCCCAAUCAAACUAUCAGCCAAUCAAAAAUCGCCCAAUCACUAUCGGCAAAUCAGAAAUCGCCCAACCAACUAUCAGCCAAUCAGGAAUCAGCCAACCAACUAUCGGCCAAUCAGAAACCGCCCAACCAACUAUCAGCCAAUCAGAAAUCAGCCAGUCAACUAACGGCCAAUCAGAGUCGAGGGAAAGCGGGAAUGACCGUUGA